AUGCAGCGCGGCGCGCUGUCCCCGGUGCUGAUGCUCAGCGCUGCCCCGGAGCCUCCACCGCGCCCGCCUCCCGCCCUUUCCCCCCCGGGCCCAGGCUCAGCGCCUCGCCAUGGCUCAGCUCGCCCGGGUCCUGCCCCAGAGCCGUCUGGGGGCCUGGCUGCGGCACUCGACAACAGCCUGCGGGCCGCCGUGGCAUUCAAGGCGGAGGGUCAGCGCUGCUACCGAGAAAAGAAGUUCCGAGAAGCCAUUGGCAAGUACCACCGGGCACUGCUGCAGCUGAAGGCAGCUCAGGGGGCCCGCCCUGGCGGCCUGCCCGCCCCCUCUCCCGGACCCGCAGCCAGCCCGGGGCCGGCCCGCCUCAGCGAGGAGCAGCGGCGCCUGGUGGAGAACACAGAGGUUGAAUGUUAUGACUCCCUCACCGCUUGCCUCUUGCAGUCGGAGCUGGUGAACUAUGAGCGUGUGCGCGAGUACUGUCUCAAGGUGUUGGAGAAACAGCAGGGCAACUUCAAGGCCACCUAUCGCGCCGGCAUCGCCUUCUACCACCUGGGUGACUACGCACGUGCGCUGCGCUACCUGCAGGAAGCCCGAAGCCGGGAGCCCACAGACACCAAUGUUCUCCGCUACAUCCAGCUGACUCAGCUGAAGAUGAACCGUUGCAGCCUCCAGCGGGAAGACAGCGAGAGCGGGACUGGAAGCCCAGCUCGGGAUGUCCUGGGCUGAGGGCAAAGGGCAGCCUCUACCUUAUUCCCUCUAACCUCACCAGGCAACUCCCCCUGGCUCAUGUGUUUACCGGUAAAG